GCGUCUGGCUUUGCGCAUUGCAGUGUGAAAGAGAACUGACAAAACGAAGUUCGGACUGGCUUUUGGGACGCUUAUUGUCUCCUUAUUCUUUAUUUUAUAGACAGACUUUAAAACUUUAAGCAUGUUUCAUCUACUGAAAGAUGUCAUCAAGAGCCUGUUGCGCCGGCAGCAGUCACGAGGCUCCUCGGAGUCUCAUCCGGAGAGCGAUGUCGAUGCGCAAGGGAUGUCCGUGGAGGAGGCCAAGGCCUUGGCACGCCGCUUCCAGGUGAUCGAGUCCAGUGUGGGACUCCUGGGCUGUCUGUGCGUCAGCUUUGCCGUGUGGGCGCCUUUUUGGCUAGACAGUGAGGGACUAUGGACCAUGAGCAACAGCACCCAUCCUGACAGUGAUUGGGAGGGACACAACAUAGUAAAAGCGCUGGAGUUUGAGCAGGUGUUCGCAGUGUUGUCCUUCAUUAUGGCGUUCUGCUCGGGCACUCUGUGUCUCCUGUUCGCCCUCUGCUGGACACAUGAGACGAUGCACACCUACUCCAACACCCGCUCCCUCCUCAUGGCAGGCACAGCACACUACCCCACCACUCUGCUGCUCAUCACUCUCAAUUUAACAGGUUUUUUCUUCAUCCUCUCCUGGUCCCUCUUCACUCACGAGCACCUACAGGAGAUACGGCAGGACAUCGGCCGCCUGGGCCUCUGCUAUUGGCUGGGAGCCUUGGCCUGGACUAUCCUAUUGGUCGUGGAGCCUGUCAUUUUCAUUGUGGAGCAGGUCGUGGUCCCGGACCUAAUGCCUUACAUGAUGGAGACUGUGGGCCUGAGCUCUGAGGGCUACGACACCAUCUUUAUGGGCAAACGCAGCAGUUUAAAGACGCCGAAGCUGCGCUACGAUCCCACCCUUGGGAGGUUUGUGACAGUGCGCUGAGCCAAUCGCUGCACUCAACUGUAUCUGCGUGGACCAAUGGAGAUGCUGGGAGAUGAUUGACAGGUUGGAUGUGGCCUACCUCCUCUGAUGUUCACGCUCAGUAAGAGCUGUGGUACUGGAGCAAAAGGGGACUAUCAGUACAUGGGCUGGGUGUGGCCAAAACUGUACAUCUCAGCUGCAGAUAAAGAUCAACUUGAACCGUCUUACUCCAAUACAUGCCUGGGGCAGACAAAUACACUAUUAAGUUUGAACUUUAUAGUAAAAAAAAACACUUUCUCUUUUCUUGGAAUCCUUAUAGAUGGUCAUCACUAGACUCUUACCAGCAUGUCUUUGUCGACUUUUUUUUGUUUCACACUAGACGUCAACUGCAGACAAUGUGAGGUAGUUCCCUCUGACCCCAAGCCUCGUGUGGCGAAGAUUACAGCAACAUCUAACAUCAGUGACCUCAGUAAGUUGGACUCAAGUUACAGGACUGUGUUUCGCACAUCAGCGUAUCCUGAAGCCUAGUGUGGCGGUGUGUCCUUGGACGUAAGACGUCCUUGGAUAUCGUAGAGGGAAUAGUACAAGAUGAGAUGAGAUCCUUUUUCUCUGACAGCAAUGUCAGAUAAUGCCCAUGUUUGCUGUGUAGUACAGUAUGUGUGAACCCUCUCCUGACGCUGCUUACACAGCAGUGCACACAGUGCAGUACAUGGGAACACUGGAAAAGCCUUACAUCUUCACUACCCAUACACUGCUCUACAAAGUCGAAGUGCUGAUUCUACAGUAUGAGGGAAGUUCUCAUAGUGGUCUGUCAAUCAUGCGGUUGGAUGGGUUUGGCAGGGAGGCCGACAGGAGGGGAAAAAAGGGGUCCAAAGUUGUCCCGGGUACAGAAUUUGGUCCUCAUUACAUUCUAUGUAUUGGGGAGGGGGUGCUUUCAUGUGACUUUGUCGUGGGCUAGACCAAAGCUGUCAGCGGCACUGGAGUUUGGUGUGGUCUCUUAAUAGAAAGAAGCAAAAGAUCAGUCACAAUACAAACUUAGAUUCCAGUCUAAAAAAAACAUUGCCACAUUUUGACUUUGUUGGGCAGUAUAGUUUCGGCCAAAGCCCAAACUUUUUAUUGCAUGAAAUGUGGGCGUAUAAAAUAGCAGUCUUCCUACGGUACACAACCUUAUUGGGUUGGCCUGCUUGACUGUAGGAGGAUUUUCCUCUGUUCACUGAAGUUACACUACAUAAGCUAUGUUUCAAAAUAGGCUUGGGCACACCAAGAGAGUGACAGAACAAUUUCUCUUUUUCUUUGUUUUUCCAUUUAAAAGCUGGUUACUGCCUUCAACCUUUGCUAUAAGGCUGUUUCACAGAUUCAGCUGCAGUGUCACAUAAAAUGUUAUGGAAGGCUUGCCACAUUCAAUAACUUCUUUUUAUAUAAACAAUGCUAGCAAAGAGAGUGCUGCUCUCCCAAGCCUUUUUUUCUUGCACACUGUAGGCCUACUGUGUUGUUUUCAGCUGAGUGAAACUGAUGUUGUGGUGAUUUAUACUAAAACAAAACAAUGCCGUGACAUGUGAAACAUGAACUGUGCUUGUUUUUGUCGACCUUAGUGUUCUAGCGUGUAUUUAUCAACAAACCAUGUACCUUGAGCUUCUUACAACCACACGAUUUUUCUGCUUUAUUUUGUUUUUGUACCCUUAUUAUUGCAUUGUGUAAUUAGUUCUCAGAAGGUGAACAGUAAUGUAUUUUCAUAUUUUUGCAAUAAAAUUAUACAAUACA